AUGUUGGGGAAGAAUGCGAAGUUAUUUUUUGGACUGUCGAUGUGUGGCCUUAUUAUUGCAAUAGUUCUGUCAGCAUGGGGCUUUCCGAAAAUCGUCAACACACAGAUACAAAAGAGUGUGCAAUUAGACAACUCGUCCAUGAUGUAUGAAAAAUGGCGGAAAUUACCAAUAGCACUCACCUUUCAAGUAAACGUGUUCAAUGUUACGAACGUGGACGACAUCAUGGCUGGAAAGAAGCCCAUUUUGCAGGAAAUCGGGCCUUUCGUAUAUAAAGAAUACCGCGAAAGAACUGUACUCGGAUAUGGUGAGAACGACACGAUCAAAUACACAGUCAAAAAGACAUAUGAAUACGACCAAGAAGCAUCGGGGGCUCUGACGGAAGACCAAGAAGUGACUAUCAUCAACUACUCUUACAUGAACGCUAUUUUAACUGCGUACGAGUUGAUGCCUGGCAUUCUACCAAUGCUGAACGAAGCUAUGUCACAGUUCUUCGGAGCUCAAGACACACCCUUCAUCACAGUCAAAGUAAAGGACUUAUUCUUCGACGGAAUGUUUCUGGAUUGUUCUUUGAACAUGUCAGCCAUAGCAUUAAUAUGUGGAAAGCUGAAAGCGGACACACCUAGUGUAAUGAGACGCGCUGAAGACAAAAAUGGAUUCUACUUCUCGUUAUUUGGUCAAUGGAACAACACCGAUAUUGGACCGUUCGAAAUGGUUCGAGGAAGAGAAAAUAUCCGUGAGCUCGGUCACAUAGUUUCAUAUCAGGAUAAGAAGGUGAUGAACCACUGGGGGGACCCGUAUUGUGGUAUGCUGAAUGGGUCAGAUGCCACCAUAUUCCCCCCCAUAGACGAGAGCGAUGUACCGAACAAAAUUUACUUCUUUGAACCGGAAAUAUGCAGAUCUAGCUACGCCUCGUUAGUCGGUCAGCGGGCAAUCUACAACAUGUCCGCGUAUUACUAUGAAAUCGACAGACUCGUCUUCGCGUCGAAGAGUGCAAAUCCUGACAAUAAAUGCUUUUGUAGAAAGAACUGGAGCGCCAAGCACGAUGGUUGUCUCCUAAUGGGAGUCAUGAACUUGAUGCCGUGCAAGGGCGCCCCGGCCAUCAUCUCUUUACCACAUUACUACCUCGCUUCAGAAGAACUGCUGGAAUACUUCGACGGCGGCAUCACUCCAGACAAGGAAAAGCAUAACAGCUAUGUUUAUCUUGAGCCUAAAACUGGAGCAGUGCUGCAGGGCAUGCAGAGAAUUCAAUUUAACAUCGAAUUAAGGAAUAUCCCAAAUAUACCGCAGUUAGCAACUGUGCAGACCGGUCUUUUUCCAUUACUUUGGAUUGAAGAGGGUGCAGAUACUAUGCCUGAUGACCUCCUGAAGGAGUUACAGGAUGCCCACACUAUCCUGGGUUACGUUGAAGUGGCCAGGUGGCUGUUGCUCGUGAUCGCGUCAUUGGUGUGUGUGGGUGCUGCUGUGUGUGUUGUGAGAUCCGGUGCUGCCCCCGUGUGGCCGAGGUCGAACAACGACUUUAUACUUAAUCCAGGGCAUAGUUUAGAUAUCAAUAAAGGUCAUUAA